AUGGAGUUUGUGCGGGCAGUAUUGCUAGGCCUGGCGCUGGCGCUGGGGCCCGGGCCAGCCCGCGGCCACCCGCAGCCUUGCGGAGACCUGGCUCGUCUGGGGGGCUCCGUGCGCCUGGGCGCCCUCCUGCCCCGCACGCCCGCAGCCCGCGCCCGCGUCCACGCCGCCCUAGCCCAGGCCGCCCUGGAGCCGCGACUGCCGCACAACCUGAGCCUGGAGCUGGUGGCCGCUGCGCCCCCCGUCCGGGACCCCGCCUCGCUGGCUCGCGGCCUGUGCCAGGCGCUGGCGGCGCCGGGCGUGGCGGCCUUGCUAGCCUUUCCCGAGGCGCGGCCCGAGCUGCUGCAGCUGCAGUUCCUGGCGGCCGCCACCGAGACCCCGGUGCUCAGCGUGCUGCGACGGAAGGCGCGCGCGCCCCUUGGCGUCCCGACUCCAUUCCACCUGCAGCUGGACUGGGCUAGCCCUUUGGAGACACUAUUGGACAUCUUGGUGGCCCUGCUGCAGGCACAUGCCUGGGAGGAUGUUGGCCUGGUACACUGCCGCAUCCGGGACCCUGGCAGCCUGGUGGCUCUCUGGACCAGUCGGGCAGGCCGGGCCCCAAAGUUCGUGCUGGACCUGAGCCGGCCGGACACUGGGGAUGAUAGAGGGCUGCUGGCUCGCCUGGCCCCACUGGGAGCACUGACGGGAGAGGAAGCACCUGUUCCAGCAGUUGUCCUCCUUGGCUGUGAUGCCACCCGUGCCCACCAGGUGCUGGAGGCAGUGCCACCUGGGCCCCGCUGGCUGCUGGGCACGCCACUGCCUGCUGAGGCACUCCCCACAACUGGCCUCCCUCCUGGGCUGCUGGCACUGGGUGAGGUGGCCCGACCCUCGCUGGAGGCCGUUAUCCAUGAUGCUGUGGAGCUCAUGGCCCGGGCACUGAGCAGUGCAGCACAAGUACAACCAGAGCGCGCCCUGCUCCCUGCCUCAGUCAACUGUGAUGAGCUUCAGCCAGCGGGACUAGAGUCCUCUGGGCGCUUCUUGGCACGGUUCCUGGCCAACACAUCCUUUCAGGGCCACACAGGGCCCGUGUGGGUGACAAGCUCCUCCCAAGUACAUAUAUCCCGGCAUUUCAAAGUGUGGAGCCUGCGCCAGGACCCACUGGGUGCCCCAGCCUGGACUACGGUGGGCAGCUGGCAGGAUGGGCAGCUGGACUUGGAGCCAGGGGCUGCAGCUGCCCAGCCCCCAGCUCCACAGGGCACCCAGGCCUGGCCAAAACUUCGCGUGGUGACACUGGUGGAGCACCCAUUUGUGUUCACACGUGAGCCAGAUGAGGACGGGCAGUGCCCAGCAGGGCAGCUGUGCCUGGACCCUGGCACCAAUGACUCUGCUGCACUGGACAUGCUGUUUGCUGCACUGGCCAAUGGCUCAGUGCCCCGUGCCCUGCGCAAGUGUUGCUACGGCUACUGCAUCGACCUGUUGGAGAGGCUAGCUGAGGACGCACCCUUCCACUUUGAGCUGUACAUUGUGGGUGAUGGCAAGUAUGGUGCCCUGCGGGAUGGCCGCUGGACUGGCCUGGUGGGUGACCUGCUGGCUGGCACCGCCCACAUGGCCGUCACCAGCUUCAGCAUCAACUCGGCCCGCUCGCAGGUAGUGGACUUCACCAGCCCCUUCUUCUCCACCAGCCUGGGCAUCAUGGUGCGCACACGGGACACGGCCUCUCCCAUUGGCGCCUUCAUGUGGCCACUGCACUGGUCCAUGUGGGUGGGUGUCUUCAUGGCCCUCCACCUUACAGCCCUGUUCCUCACUCUGUACGAGUGGCGCAGCCCCUAUGGCCUGACACCACGCGGCCGCAACAGGGACACAGUGUUCUCCUACUCCUCAGCCCUCAACCUGUGCUACGCCAUCCUUUUUGGACGCACUGUCUCCAGCAAGACCCCAAAGUGCCCCACCGGGCGCUUCCUCAUGAACCUCUGGGCCAUUUUCUGCCUGCUGGUGCUGUCCAGCUACACCGCUAAGCUGGCCGCUGUCAUGGUUGGAGACAAGACCUUUGAGGAGCUGUCGGGUAUCCACGACCCUAAGCUGCACCACCCAUCCCAGGGAUUCCGCUUCGGGACCGUGUGGGAGAGCAGCGCAGAGGCCUACAUCAAGGCGAGCUUCCCUGAGAUGCACGCGCACAUGAAGCGCCACAGUGCACCCACCACGCCUGACGGCGUUGCUAUGCUCACGAGUGACCCUCCCAAGCUCAAUGCCUUCAUCAUGGACAAGUCGCUCCUGGACUAUGAAGUCUCCAUCGAUGCUGACUGUAAGCUGUUGACUGUGGGAAAGCCCUUCGCCAUCGAGGGCUAUGGCAUCGGACUGCCCCAGAACUCACCACUUACCUCCAACUUGUCUGAGUUCAUCAGUCGCUACAAAUCCUCAGGCUUCAUUGACCUGCUCCAUGACAAGUGGUACAAGAUGGUGCCUUGCGGGAAGCGAGUCUUUGCAGUUACAGAGACCCUCCAGAUGGGCAUCUAUCACUUCUCGGGGCUGUUUGUGCUGUUGUGCCUGGGCCUGGGCAGUGCCCUGCUCAGCUCGCUGGGUGAGCAUGUCUUCUAUCACCUGGUGCUGCCAUGCAUCCGCCGGGGGAACAAACUGCAGUACUGGUUGCAUACCAGCCAGAAAAUCCACCGAGCCCUUAACAUGGGGCCACCAGAAGGGCAGCAGGAGAGGUUGGAGCCUGAGCCCAGUGGCACUGAGGAACAGCAGCAGGAUAUUCCGGUGGACUCUGAGGACCCAGGGCGUUGGAAACGGGUACCCCCGGCCAUAGGCAAGGAGCGCCAAGUGCACUUCCUACUAGAGCCAGCUGUGGCUGCUGACCAGGACAAGGAUGCAGAUGUCGAUGCAGAAAUGAAGCCUAGGGUGCCUGAGGGUCCUGUCUGGCUGUGCCCCAACGGGCGCCCACUGGCCACAAAUCCUGGGGCUGCCUCACACGCAGGUGAGCUGGAAGAGCUGGAGCAGCACAUCGAGGCUGUGCGGGAGCGGCUCCGCCAAGCCCUAUUGAGGCGUGGUGAGCUCCGAGCCCAGCUCGGGGAUGGCAUCUGCCAUUGGCCACUGCGCUUGUUCCAGGCAGGGGCAGCCCAAAUGACACGAGGUGAUGAACCCUGCACCUGCCCCACACAGAGGCAGCAGAACGGGCUUCCACUUUACAUGCACAUGCAGGCAGAUUGGGUCCUGUCCACUGACAGUUUAUUCUAUAUACAAUUUUUACACUGCAAUUAAAUAGAAUGGAAUGAGCACUCCUCCG